GGUUCAUGUGGCUACGUCCACUCCUCCGGAGCACCAGGGGGCGCUGUUGUACUGGUGGAUGCCUGCCUGGCAUGCCGCCAUUGCAGCAAAGAAACACAAACACUAGUGGUUAGAAUUGAAGCAUUCCUUGGCUGAGACCUACUAAACUGCCAAGUUGAGAAGACAAGAGGAAACAAGAGAAGAGGUGGUCUUUUCUUUGCCAUGGCCGACAUCAAGAACUUCCUGUAUGCUUGGUGCGGCAAGAAAAAGUUGACCCCAAACUAUGACAUCCGAGCUGCAGGGAACAAAAACAGAUUCCUGUGUGAGGUGCGAGUGGAUGGCUUCAACUACACCGGCAUGGGCAACUCCACCAACAAGAAGGAUGCUCAGACCAAUGCUGCUAGAGACUUUGUCAACUUCUUGGUCCGAGCUGGUGAAAUGAAUGCGGCCGAAGUGCCAGCUAUGGGCGUGGCCGUGGUCGAUCAAGGAGGUGGUCGGGAGCAGUCUGAGGGGGGAGCCAAUGUCCCAUUUGGAAAUCUGCCCAGCGGUGGUCCUCUUCCUCCUCACCUGGUGGUCAAGGCGGAACAGGAAGAGUCCAGUGCUGGUGUGGUGCCGGGUGUCACUGGACAGGGCUACUCUGGAGGAGGUGCUCAGUGGGAGCGAGGUGCCAACUUGAAGGAAUACUACGCCAAGCGAGAUGAACAGGAAGCUCAGGCGACUCUGGAGUCAGAAGAAGUGGACCUGAAUGCUAGUCUCCAUGGUAACUGGACCCUGGAGAACGCCAAGGCUCGUCUGAACCAGUUUUUCCAGAAGGAGAAAACCAGCGCUGAGUAUAAAUACAGCCAAGUUGGGCCAGACCACAACAGGAGCUUCAUCGCUGAGAUGCAGCUGUUUGUCAGACAUCUUGGCCGACGCGUGACCGCUCGAGAGCAUGGCUCCAACAAGAAGCUGGCAGCCCAGUCGUGCGCCCUGUCCUUGGUCCGCCAGUUGUACCACUUGGGUGUCAUUGAGGCCUUCUCUGGAGUCACCAAGAAGAAAGAAGGAGAAACUCUGGAUGUCUUUGACGUGUUCGUGUCACCAGAACUUCAGAAACAGCUCUGCGGGGUCGUUCAAGAGCUCGGAGUCCAGAUACCCCCGCCUCCUGUAGACCCAAGUGGCGCUGUGUCUUUGGUUCAAAUGAAGAUGGGGACAUUCGAGCCCUCUCAGCGGCAGACUAGCGCCGGUGUGGUGCCGUGGUCACCGCCGCAGGUGAACUGGAACCCGUGGACCAGCAGCAACAUCGAUGAUGGGCCACUGGCCUUUUGCACUCCGGAGCAGAUCAGCAAAGACCUUCAUGAAGAGCUGAUGCAUCAACUGCAAAAUGACGACAACCUGCAGAAGAUGCUGAUGGAUCGCGACCAGCUGCCCGUCAAACAGUUUGAGGAUGAGAUCAUGGCAGCGGUGGACAGGAACCCGGUGGUUAUCAUCAGAGGAGCGACCGGCUGUGGGAAGACCACGCAGGUCCCUCAGUACAUCCUUGACCGCUUCAUCAAGACUGGCCGAGCUUCUGAGUGCAACAUUGUGGUCACCCAGCCCAGACGCAUCAGCGCCGUGUCUGUGGCCGAGCGUGUUGCCAUGGAGAGAGGGGAAGAUCUGGGAAAGAGCUGUGGCUACAGCGUCCGCUUCGAGUCCAUCCUCCCUCGGCCCCACGGCAGCAUCCUCUUCUGCACCAUUGGUGUGCUGCUACGAAAACUGGAGGCUGGAAUCCGAGGCAUCAGUCACGUUAUUGUGGAUGAGAUCCAUGAAAGAGACAUCAACACGGACUUCUUGAUGGUGGUCCUCAGAGACGUUGUUCAGGCUUUCCCAGACGUCCGCAUCAUCCUCAUGUCGGCCACCAUUGACACCAGCAUGUUCCGAGAGUACUUCUUCAACUGUCCCAUCAUUGAGGUUUUUGGACGCACCUUCUCUGUCCAAGAGUAUUUCCUGGAGGAUUGCAUCCAGAUGACCAACUUCAUCCCCCCACCACCUGAUCGCAAGAGGAAAGACAAAGACGAGGAGGCGGGAGGGGAGGAAGAUACCAACUGUAACUUGAUGUGCGGACCCGACUACACCGAGGAGACUAAGCGUUCCAUGGCGCAGAUGAACGAGAAGGAGAUGUCCUUUGAGCUGGUGGAAGCUCUUCUCAAGUACAUAGAGACUCUGCAGGUGUCCGGUGCCGUGCUCGUGUUCCUUCCUGGAUGGAACCUCAUCUACGCCAUGCAGCGCCACUUGGAAUGCAACCCCCAUUUUGGAAGUAGCCGGUACCGGAUCCUCCCACUUCACUCUCAGAUACCCCGAGAAGAACAGAGGCUGGUGUUUGAUCCUGUCCCAGAUAACAUGCGCAAGGUGAUCUUGUCCACCAACAUCGCGGAGACCAGUAUUACCAUCAAUGACGUGGUCUACGUCAUCGACUCCUGCAAACAGAAAGUGAAGUUGUUCACAUCGCACAACAACAUGACCAACUACGCCACAGUGUGGGCCUCAAAGACCAACCUGGAGCAGAGGAAAGGCCGUGCGGGGAGAGUUCGACCUGGAUUCUGCUUCCACCUCUGCAGUCGCGGACGAUUUGACAGACUGGAGACUCACAUGACUCCAGAGAUUUUUCGGACACCGCUGCAUGAAGUUUCUCUGAGUAUCAAGCUGCUGAGGCUUGGAGCCAUUGGACACUUCCUCUCUAAAGCCAUCGAGCCCCCGCCACUGGAUGCGGUCAUUGAGGCUGAACACACUCUUAGAGAACUGGACGCACUGGACUCAAAUGAUGAGCUGACUCCGAUGGGUCGCAUCCUGGCCCGGCUGCCCAUCGAGCCUCGUCUGGGAAAGAUGAUAAUCAUGGGCUGCAUUUUUCAUGUUGGAGAUGCCAUGUGUACCAUCGCUGCCGCUUCCUGCUUCCCGGAACCAUUCAUCAACGAGGGAAAACGUUUGGGCUUUGUCCACAGGAACUUUGCAGGCAGCCGCUUUUCAGACCACGUGGCGCUGUUGUCCGUCUUCCAGGCAUGGGACGACGUCAGAAUAAACGGCGAGGAAGCUGAGAAUCAAUUCUGUGAACACAAACGUCUCAACAUGGCUACUCUGAGGAUGACCUGGGAAGCUAAAGUCCAGUUGAAGGAGAUUUUGGUCAACUCUGAAUUUCCUGAAGAGACUCUGAUGACCCAGAUGUUCAACGUUGUGGGACCAGACAACAAUUUGGACGUGGUGGUGUCCCUCCUGACAUACGGCUCGUAUCCCAACGUAUGCUUCCACAAGGAGAAGAGGAAGAUCCUGACCACGGAGGGCCGCAACGCCCUCAUCCACAAAUCGUCUGUCAAUUGCCCCUUCAGUAACCACGACUUGACCUACCCUUCGCCAUUCUUCGUCUUCAGUGAGAAGAUUCGGACACGAGCCAUCUCAGCCAAAGGGAUGACACUCGUCAGUCCGCUGCAGCUGUUGCUCUUCGCCUGCAAGAAGGUUACCUCAAACGGCGACGUGGUCGAGCUGGAUGAGUGGAUCAAGCUGAGGGUCCCUCAUGAGGCAGCGGGCAACAUCCUGGCUCUAAGGGCAGCACUGGAGGCUCUGGUGGUGGAAGUGACCAAAGAUCCCAACUACAUCUCUCAGCUGGAUCAGACCAACCAACGACUCCUCAACCUCAUCCGACACAUCUCCAAACCAUCCGCUGCUGGAAUAAACCUGGUGGCUGGAAACCAGAGAAUGGGUGAUGGUCCCCGACCGCCCAAAAUGGGCCGCUUUGAUGGAGGAGGCGGAAGAGGUUUCCAGGGAGGAGGCGGCUACAGAGGUGGUGGUGGCUACCGGGGGGGUGGAGGCGGCUACGGAGGUGGGGGUUAUCGAGGUGGGCGUGGAGGAUACGGGGGAGGAGGCUAUGGAGGGGGCGGACGAGGAGGAUAUGGGGGAGGAUAUGGAGGGGGCGGACGAGGAGGAUAUGGGGGAGGAUAUGGAGGGGGCGGACGAGGAGGAUAUGGGGGAGGGGCUGGGUAUAGAGGAGGUUGGGGCGGGGCCCGAGGAGGCUACUGA